AUGUCCGAACAAGCAGCCGAUGCUUCCAGCUGGGAGCGGUCCGAUGCGCGAGCCCGGCCGGCGCCGACUGUCAACACCAUCCGCCGCAUCCGCCAGGCCUGCACGAAUUGUCGGCAUCGCAAAACCAGGUGUUCCGGCGAGCGUCCCCGAUGCAUGAACUGUCGCCGAGUCGAUCGCGUCUGUCACUACGAGCCCUACUCCGCCACCAACCCUCCCAACGCAGCGCCCAGCAAUAGCUCCGUCAAGGGUCGAUCACCGUCCGCUCCCACUACAACGUCAACCCUCUUCCCUCGCACCGGCGUCGUAGACCCCGAGCUGCUCAACAGGAUCAACACCAUCGAAUCGCAACUGGCCCAGCUGCAUAGCCAGGGCUUGAUAGGCUUCUUAAAUGGCGAAAAUCGAAAUGGACAGGUUACUUUCCCGGACCUGGCAGCAUCCACCACCUACCAGGAUCUCUCUCCAGAAUUCACAGAGCCAUCGCCACCUCAGCAGCAGUUCCCACCGUCCGUCCCCGAAACAACAGAGCAGCCUGUGUCUGAUAUUGCGAAUGCAAUGAGAUUUACCACCGCGCCGCCUCCCCCUGUCAUGGCUCACCUCAUCGAUACUUACUUCCUUCAUGUUCAUAAUCAGCCUUACACAUAUUUCCACGAGCAAAGCUUUCGGGAGAGAUUAAAUUACGGUCUCGUUCCAAAAUGUUUACUCUUUGGCAUUUUAGCGUCAGCCCUCAAAUUCUCAGAUUCCGACUACUUUGCAGGUUGUAGGCGCGAGGCAACCGAGGCAUACGCUAGAGAGGCUUGGCUGGCUCUCCUCAAUGAUCACUUAACCGUCGAGAACAAUCCUACAUUACAAGUCGCACAGGCUAGUAAUAUUCUUGGGGUGGUUGACUUCACAUGUGGUCGCACCAGCUCAGGGUGGCUCAAGAUUGGUCUUGCCGUCCGCAUUGCCCAAGACUUGCAGCUAAUGAAGGAACCGAAGAGCACAUUGACCCCGAUUGAACAGGAAGAGCACCGCCGAGCUUUCUGGUCAAUAUAUCUGCUCGACAAGCUGGUCUCAGUCGGCCAAAGCCGCCCACCAGCCAUUUCCGAGGAGGACAUACAUGUCCAGCUACCAGUUGACGAAGAGACGUUUAGAAGGGGCGUCUGGAAGAAAACGCCAACACUCCAUCAGCUCAUCAACUGGAAGUCAGAGGGAGACUCAGCGGUCAACAGUACUUUUACUCAAACGAUACUUGCCGCCACCGCUCUUGGACGAUGCGUACGAUACGUCCUACACGGGCGCGAAAUUGACGAAAUGCCGCCGUGGGAUCCCAGGUCUGAUUUCACAUUACUAAAUACCUUCCUGCUGCUCAUUGAUCAUCACCUUCAAGUAGAAACCAUCCCUAUCCCUCAGAUCGUGGCGCAGUAUCGCAAACCCGACGGCACACUGGAUUUCCAGUCUCUUGAACACGUUGUGUUUGCUCGUAUCACUUUCCACACUGCCCACUGUCUACUCAAUCACCCAUUCCUUCUCCGAAUGAGGCUCCAGAAGGGGAACUGUAAAGUACCGCCAAAAUUCUUGACCCGCUCUUUUGAAGUCAGCUGUGACCAUGCGCGAGCAAUAUCUUCCGUUGUGGAGGACGCCAUUACCUCUGGCUGCCACGUGCAAUCCUCUUUCUACGCAUAUGCCUCAAUUCUUGCCGGUGGUAUUCUCUCCUUGGCUAUCCAUAUCGACCAGGAAAAGGGACAAGUCACGGACCCAGAACUGUUAAGUCAUUAUCAAAAGGCUAUCCACAUACUAGAACGGGUGGGAAGAAGGUGGGACCACGCUUCGAAAAUGCAUCUUCAAUUAAUGCUAUUCGACGCCAACUAUCACUCUCUUUCUGCCCUUUUGGACCCGACAACCUCAGAGGUUGAUCCAAAACUGGAAGCUGCUCUAUGGCUAAUGGUCGAUUACGUGGCCAUGUCCGCGCUCAACGAAAAUGCAUUGACACCGCCCCCUCUAUCCACUGAUACGUUUCUAAGCCCGCUUGAUUCUCAGAUGAAUAUGGAGAAUAGCGAUGGCUUCACGGGCAUGGCGCCCGAUGCGAAUUCCGAUCCGAACGUUGCUUUCCUUGGUAAUGGCAGCGUGCCUCUAUGA